CGUUGUCGCUUAAUUUACACUGUAACAUCGUCCAAAAAUAAGUCAAUGAAGUGCUUAAUGGCAGAAUUUACCGGAAACGGUUAGCGGCAUGUGUGGUUAUGUCGAUCACCAUGCCGGUGUAGGUCACUUUUCUGACUCUUAUUACACCUAUUCUGAAUAUCGGACGUAUUUAUGGUGUAUGAAGUUUCGAAGUUAACGUACAUCACAUGGUCAGUCAGUAUACAGAGAGUCAUUUUACCAGUUGCAGGUGUUAUAGAAGUGUGUGUGUGCAAUCAUGGCUGUCUAGUGUAUGAUGGUUAUGUAGUAGAUGCAAUAUGUAAUAUAGUGCGUGUAUUACCUGAAGUAUAUAUGAAUCCGUGUUCGGAAACUGUAGUAUAACUCACUGCAUGUUCCUGGGCAUUCUGUGCUUGAUCAGAGAGUGUAGGAUGCUAUUCCUUAAAGAUGUUAUGAAAACAAGCUGUAGUGUGUGUGAAACGAAAUGGAGAACUGCAGCACUGUUUGAAUUAAUUCACAUUCAUUUGUGCUGUAAGUUGUUUUAUUAAUGUCUGGUACGUAACAGAAAUCUGCACUGUUUAAUAAAAUGCCUGCGUCUGGCGGAGAUCCUGUGACUGCGGCCCUACGCUUGUCUUUGACAGCCAGUCAAGGCCCCGAAGACAUUAGUUUAGAUAAACGACUUGAAUGUUCGACAGCACGUGUUCUUUUAACUCAAAUUGAAUUUGAACCAAUUGGUGACAGCUUGGCAAAUGUGAUCAGUGACUUAAAGAAUAAAUACACUGUGCUAAACAGCCAAGACUCAGGCAAAAAUGGAGAUACAUCUUCAACUUCAAACGUUCCAGUUAGUAACACUGGCAGUAAUGACAGUGAGAUUACAAAGCCUGAACCUGACUCCAUCUUGCCAGCACCAAAGGUAACAUUGUUCCCAUCAGAAUGUGUGCAGUUGGGCUGGAGAGGAACAUUGCAGGCCCUGUUCCAUGUGCCAGCUUUUGUCAACUGGUUACAGAGUGAAAGCAGCCAUCUAAACAACUGCACAGUUACCAAUGGGGUGAUGAAUGGAGACUGCAUCAUUUGUGCGAUGAACAAGACUUUUAAGGCAUCGCAGACCAAAUCAGGCGCUGUAAUAAAGCCAUUCCUCAUUUACAAAAGAUUGAAAUAUAUUUGCAAGCACCUUGUACAUGGCCAGCAAGAGGAUGCUCAUGAGUUCAUGCGAUACCUUUUAGAAAGCAUGGAGGGAGCCUACCUCACGCGCUACAAAGGAAGCAAGCUGGACAGUUACAGCAGGGAAACAACCCCGAUAAACCAGAUAUUUGGUGGUUAUAUUAGAACAGAAGUGGCAUGCCUGCAGUGUGGGGGUAUAUCUACAACAUUCCAACACUGUCAGGACUUGCUUCUGGAUAUUCGACGUGCGUCCACAUUAGAUGAUGCUUUAACAUCCUACUUCUGCAACGAACGUCUGGAUGGGGACGAUGCUUAUUGCUGUGAGCGAUGUAACAAAAAAGUUGCGGCCACAAAGAAGUUUUCUUUGGAAAAACCUCCGCAAGUUUUGUGCAUACAAUUCAAGAGGUUCAGCAUCUUAGGAGGAAAGAUCAACAAACAUGUUUCAUUUUCCCAAAGACUGGAUCUUACAAGGUUUCUUUGUUCUCAGUCAGCUUACCAUGGCCCUGUACCACUUACGUAUCAUCUAGUUGCAUUGGUUACACACGUUGGUUCAUCAGUCCAUUGUGGGCACUAUACUGCAGUGGCAGAAACUUCUACUGGUCUUUACUAUGAGUUUGAUGACAAGUCAGUGCGUCCCAUCUCAUUGUCAGCAGUUCUAGACACUAAUGCGUAUAUUAUGCUGUAUGAGUGUGAACCACGUGUGGAACCUAAAAUUUCAUCAUCGUCACAGCAGAGUGUAGCAUCUGCUACGGCCACCACAGCAACUUGUGCUGUCAAUGGACAGAAAUCUGACAUGACAGUUCAGGGACAACCUAUACAUGGACCUGUAGCAAUUUCAGUGAAUCACAGGAAUGGACGUGACAUGAAUUAUGACAAGCAAGGCUCUGAUUCAGAUUCUAGUGGUAACGUUGGUGCUUUGCCUCUACCACCUACAAAAGAUAGGGACCGUGUUGUGUUUGGCUUGCACCAGCGGGCUGCAUCACCUGCACUACCACGAUUAGUGAUGCACAUAAAGAAUGGCAAAAUAUAUCACCCGCCACCUCAGCCUUCUCCUCAACUACAGGAACCAAGUGUGUCAACUGCAGCCAGCUCAACUGCAAGUCUUGUACCAUACUGCGAGUCAGGCGAAGAUGAAUCAAGUUCAGGCGACUCAGAGGCAGCACCACUUUGCUCAUUGGAUAUGCCUAGCCUUGAUGAAGAGAACCCUUCCACCCCACACAACAAACCUGUGCUUGUCUGUAAGAAGACUCCAACAAAGAACAACUCAAAAGGGAACUUCAACUCAUUUGCAGGAAUUCCUACCAGUCGAGAGAUGAUACCAUCAUUGACAUCUGGUAGCAAUCAAAAUCCUGCAGCUAAUAACAAAAGUCCACAAGCCGAAGACAUUUCUGUUCAGAACAGUACUGGCGUUGUGUCACACAAUACCAACACCGAUCAAGAUGAAGGCUGUUCUGUCAGCAAGAGUAGUUCUGUGUUACCUGGUAAAAGCAUUUCUGAGAGUUCACUUAGUGGAAAUGGUGUAGAAAGUAUAGAGUCUCAGGGAGCAUGUAAUGGCAUGCUGGACAACCAAGGAAAUGAAGUUAGGCCUACAGUCAGAAGUACAAUUCCAAAAGUUAGGCAAAGCAUGGACUUGGUUUCCAACAAAGUAGUAACUGACUGCAGUACAACAGUGAAUCUCCAUGUGAAUUUAUCUUUUCCUACAAUCCGUGGAAAAUCUAACACGUGUUGGCAAGUAACAGAUUUGUUACUCCACAGUUUAUCUGUAGCUCGUGAGAACAGUAGUGGCCGUAAUACUGUGGCCAGUUCAACGACAGACUGGGCUGUGUCAGACGUAAGACAAAAGUUUAAUCAUUCUUCAACAAACAUUAAUAAACCAGUUGCUCUUAAGUUAUCUUGCUCAAACAGUUGUUUAAACACAAGGGUUAAUGAGAAGAAGCUGUUAGCAGAUGAACCAGAUGCCAGUGUAAAUACACUCUGGAAAUCUUACGUGGACAAUGUGGCGCCAAAGUCUACGAGUGAGCAGAAUCUUGUUAAUGGUGACAGCAUAACAAUAAUAUAUGAAACGAAGAAACGAAAGUACCUCGAUGGUGUCACCAAUUGUGAAGAGAUGCAAUCCUCUCAGAAGAAGAGAAGCAAGAAUGUCAGAGAUUCCAAUAUUGAAGAGCACGCGUCAAAACAGGAACGAGAGAAGAAACUAAAGAAGUUAAAGAAACAUAAAAAGAGAACAAAGUCUGCAAAGAGUGGCAGUGAGGGGCCUGAAACUGGUGGCAGUGGUGAUGGAGGUGGGAAAUACGAAUGGGUGGAAAAAACUCACGAGACUCUUGGAAUUAGUACUUCAUAUCAGGCGAAGACAAAUGGGCUUUGCUGGGAUGGGGCUCAUAAAUUUGAUGUUACUACCCACUUGGCUCAUCUAUCACAUCGAGGGUAUGGUUCAGCUAGUGUUACAAAUUGGUCUGGUGAACGCAGUCAUAUGGAUAGAGAAGUUCAGCGGGAUCGUAGAGAAGACAGAAAGCGGAACUAUGACAAUGACUACAAUGAAGAGUUUGACAGAGGGAGGGUGAAGAAAGUUAAGCGCCAUCAUAUAGACUCUCAUCAUAAUAAGAUGAAGUUCAAUCCUUUCCAAGACUAUCAUAAUUUCAAACGCCAGUGGGGGAAUAAUAACAGUGAUGAUUAUUACAAGAAGUCCUAUUACCAUAAAGAUUACAACCAUUAUAAUACCUAUCGUCCUCUUGCUGGCCGAAACAGUUGUUAUCACAGUGGAAGUAAAUACCGUAACCACUACAAUAAGAAGAAACGGUGGACACGUUGAUACUAAUGUUUUCAUUGGCAGUUAUGUAGAGUUUAAUUGCAGUUUCAUUAAAAUUAAAUUGGAGUACAAAUUUCAUGACACUAGAGAAAUUUGCGUGUGCUGUGAACAGACUUUUUUCUUUAAUGGAAUGACUACUGAACUUGUCAGAUCUUUAACAAGUUUUUGCAGCAUAAUGUAUUAGUGGAUACCAGGUGAUUUUUCCCCCUUUCUUUUCUUCAAAUCAUCAUUUGCUGUCACAUUCUGUGUGUGUGUUCAGUGUCCAAGAAAAAGAGCUGCUCAGUUGAUUGCUAAAACGUUGUUGCAGUUUCAUAGAAGGAGGCAGUUGAAGUAUACUAAAUUAUAAAAGACUCUGUGGAUAUUUCUAUAUAUUUAUAUGUAUACUGAGGGAGGUCAUGUGCAAGUGAACUCUGGUUGAUUGAUGUUUAGAACUCAUAAUAACAUUCAAUUAAAUGUAUUAAAUAUAUUUACUUUUAUUA